AUGGGGAAUCGAGGGCGACGGCGAGGGACUCGCACUGCUGACCGUGUCGACUCGCGUGCUAUGGACCGCGUGACGGUACACGAGCGGACGCCUCAGUCGGAGACGUACACUCUGUCUGGCGCAACCGAUCGCCGUCAGCCGGAGAUUCAGUCAAUUUCCUGGAAAAAAGCGCGCGGUGCUGCUGUGAUCCAGUACGUAGACGGCAGUCGCUUUGAAGGCGGUAUCGACGACGAAAAACGACGACAUGGAACGGGCGUCUACGUGAUGCAAUCGGGGAAUUCUUCAGAGGGCGGUUGGGUGCACGGCGACUUUGAAGGAUUUGGCAUGCAGCUGUAUGCGAAAACGGGGGAUUGCCAUGAGGGCAUGUAUCGUAAGAACCAUCGCCAUGGAACAGGGACGUACUUGUGGGCGAAUGGUGACAAGUACGUGGGCAAUUGGCGAGUCGGCAAGAUGCACGGGACUGGCACGUUCUUUUGGAAAAACGGCGAUUGGUACAAUGGUGAAUGGAAGAGGGGAAUGAUGCAUGGCAGAGGCAAGAAGGUAUGCUCGUCAGGAGAAAUGGUUGACGGCGUCUGGAGGCAGAAUCAGGUGAGCGGGUGGGGCGUGAAGGUGUAUAGCUCUGGCGGCAAGUACGGAGGCCAUUUUGUCAAGGGUGAACGCGAGGGGUUCGGCAAGUACGAAUGGGCAGACGGCGAUUCGCACGAAGGCACGUGGCAUGAAGGCAGGAUGCACGGCAAAGGUGUGUAUGUGGCGGCAGGUGGGUCCUUGCACGGAACGUGGCGCAGUGGCGAGCUCAAUGGCCAGGGCGUGCACUACCUUACUUGUGGAAGCGUGUAUACUGGGAACUACAAAGCUGGUGAGCGAAGCGGUGUUGGUACGCUGAGUUUUGCUUCCGGAGAAGUCUAUGAAGGCGAGUGGUGCAAGGGAGAAGUUCAAGGCUACGGAUCGUGGUCGUCGCCCGAUGGCCGAAAGUUCAUUGGUACGUGGGUUGAUGGUUUUCCAUCUGGUCGAGGCAUAUUCUGCUCUGAGCAGGACGACGAGGAGAGCGGGAACGACGGAGAAAACGAGCACACCGCUGAGGCGAGGCACACGUUCAAGGUAGGCGAGUUUGAGCGCGGGCGAUUACUAACUACCGGGGAAGAUCCUUUUGUCAUAGGACAAGUCAUGGUACCAUCCUAA